CGCGGCGAGCCCAUCAUGGCGGCUCCCAGCGGCCGCCGGCCGCAGGGCGGCGGGCAGGGCGGCAGCGGCGGCGCCGGGGCCGCCGACGAGGACGCCGAGGGCCUCUACGUGGCCGUGGAGCGCUGCCCGCUCUGCAACACCACGCGCCGCCGCCUCACCUGCGCCAAGUGCGUCCAGAGCGGCGACUUCGUCUUCUUCGACGGCCGCGACGCCGAGAGGUACCCGGAGGGAGCGCAAAAAGCCAUGCAUCAGAUAACUUUCAGUUAUGUUUCUUCCUCUAGUGUUUUGAAGGCCAUGGAAGGGAAAGAGAUAACUGAUCAGCUGAGAUGGAAAAUAAUGUCUUGCAAGAUGAGGAUUGAGCAGUUGAAACAGACCAUUUGCAAAGAAAAUGAUGAAAUGACAAGACAUGCAGAGGGACUUCUGAGGAUUAAAGAGGAGAACCAGAAGCAUUAUCGCAGGGCUCAGCGGCAUCAGGAGAAGAAAGAGAAGAUCCAGAGGCAUAACCACAGGUUGGGAGACUUGGUGGAGAAGAAAACCUAUGACUUGAAAAUCCAGCAUGAGCAUCUGGCGAAUCUUCGCCGGACACACAUCCUGGAGCUGACYUCAGUCAUAUUUCCCAUUGAAGAAGUAAAGACAAGCAUGAGAGAUCCUGCAGAUGUGUCUUCCGAGAGCGACAAUGCGAUGACCUCUAGCACUGUGAGCAAGCUCGCGGAAGCCAGGAGAACCACUUAUCUCUCCGGACGAUGGGUGUGUGAUGACCAUAACGGGGACACCAGCAUCGGUAUCACAGGGCCUUGGAUAACCCUUCCUAAUAAUGGAGAUUAUUCAGCUUAUUACAACUGGGUGGAAGAGAAGAAAACUACACAAGGACCAGAUAUGGAACAUAAUAACCCUGCUUAUACCAUCAGUGCUGCAUUGUGCUAUGCAACUCAGCUCGUUAACACUUUGUCUCUCAUCCUUGAUGUAAAUCUUCCGAAGAAGCUCUGUAACAGCGAGUUCUGCGGGGAGAAUCUCAGCAGACACAGGUUCAUGCGGGCAGUGAAGAAGCUGAAUGCCAAUAUCCUUCACCUCUGUUUCUCCCAGCAUGUGAAUUUAGAUCUGUUGCACCCACUGCAUACGCUCAGGAACCUCAUGUACCUGGUCAGCCCAGACACCGAGAACUUGGGCAGGUCCGGCCCCUUCGAGAUCAGCGCCGACCUCGAGGACUCCAUGGAGUUCGUGGAUCCCAGCGCGGCCGGCGAGACGGACGAGAGCGGCGACGAGCGCGUGAGCGACGAGGAGACGGACCUGGGCACGGACUGGGAGAACCUGCCGAGCCCGCGCUUCUGCGACAUCCCCUCGCAGCAGGCGGAGCUGCUGCAGAGCCAGAGCACGCAGGCCUCGCAGCCCAUCGCCAGCAGCAGCGCCGGCGGCAUGAUCUCCUCGGCCGCCGCCUCCGUCACCUCCUGGUUCAAGGCCUACACCGGGCACCGCUGAUGCGCGCGGCAAGAGGAGCCCGGAUCUGCGCGAGGAACCCCCCUGCACCCCGACAACACUGUAGUUAACCUUACGUAUUCGGUUAAGUAGUGCCUGGGACAAAGGAAAGGGCAGACUUGGAUUUUUUGUAAACCGGAGAAAAACCUUUUUAUUUACCCAAGAUGACUGUGACGGUACCGUUUUGUAGGGUAGUUAGCUCCGUUCUUCUGGCCGGUUCCGUGACGGCACUUGUGUGUCUUGGUCCUGUCUGCGUUGUUGAGUGUCAAAGGGAAAGGACCCAGCAGCCUCCAGCUCCGCAUUCGAAGGGACACGUUUGGGAGAACUUGGAUCAGGAGGAGUGCGGGAAGAGGGCUGCUGCUGCAGCCUGGACAGUGUGGUGCAAAUGCAGUUCACAUUUUCCUAACUCCUUACAGAGUUUUUGUUUGUGUGUGUUUUAAAUCUGUCUCACAUAAUGCACAAG